AAACACACAAAAAAUUACAAGGAAAGAUCCGAUAUUGAACAACAAACAUUCUCCCUCGUCACCUCCGAAACGAGACGCAUUUCUCUCUCCCGCCCUGCAGGCAGUUUGAAACCGAUCAUGGCCGUUUCUGGAAAGCACCUUGUUUCUCUAUUCGUUGUAGUGUCGUCUCUGUCGAUAUUUCUCUCCCUUUGCGAAGCUUCGAUAGCUGAUAACGUCGAAGAUGCAAUCGGGUAUGAACCCGAAGCUUAUCCUAUAUACUUUGGUGGUCUCGGAGAUGGAAGGUUCGAUAACGUAAUCAAGCUUCGAGAAGAUAUUUUGAACUUGAAAAGAGCAAUAUCGUCCGCCGGUCCAAAACCCUCGCGAGCCACAACUGUUAGUGUUUCUGAUUUUGGAGCUAGAGGAGACGGAAAAACGGACGAUACCCAGGCAUUCGUGAAAGCAUGGAACAAAGCGUGUACUACGAGUGGAGCUGUUCUAUUGGUUCCCCAAGGGAAGACUUAUCUCCUUAAGGCUAUUCGAUUCACAGGCCCAUGCAAAUCUCCUGUAACCAUUCAGGUCUUGGGAGCGUUAGAGGCGUCAGAGAACCCGUCCGAUUACAAGGAUAAGAGCCACUGGCUUACGUUCGACAGCGUUAACAAUCUCUCAGUCGAUGGCGGUGCAACCGGAACCGUCGAUGGCAACGGGAAGAUAUGGUGGCAAAAUUCAUGCAAAGUCAAUCCAUCCAAGCCAUGCACAAAAGCCCCAACAGCUCUUACUUUCUACAACUCAAAGAAUGUGAAGGUGACUAAUCUGAGGGUGAGAAAUGCGCAACAAAUUCAGGUUUCUUUCGAGAAAUGCUCGAACGUUCUUGCUUCCAAUGUCGCCAUCACAGCGCCGGGAGACAGUCCGAACACCGACGGUAUCCAUAUCACUAACACCCAAAAUAUUCAAGUUAUCAACUCCGUUAUCGGAACAGGCGACGACUGUAUCUCCAUUGAAAGCGGCUCACAAAACGUGCAGAUAAAGGGUAUAACUUGCGGUCCCGGUCAUGGAAUAAGUAUUGGGAGCCUGGGAGACGACAACUCGAGAGCUUAUGUCUCGGGUGUUACUGUGGACGGGGCUAAGCUUUCUGGUACCGAAAAUGGAGUCAGAAUCAAAACCUAUCAGGGAGGAUCCGGAACUGCGAGCAACAUCAAGUUUCUCAACAUUCAGAUGGACAACGUGAAAAAUCCGAUCAUAAUCGAUCAGAACUACUGUGAUAAGAACAAACCCUGCAAACAACAAAAAUCGGCGGUCCAAGUGAGCAACGUGGUGUACCAGAACAUAAAGGGAACGAGCGCAUCGGACAUGGCGAUAAGAUUUGAUUGCAGCAGGAACUAUCCAUGCAAAGGGCUUGUGUUGCAGAACGUGAACAUACAAGGUGGCAAAGCCACUUGCUCCAACGCUCAAGUCAUGGGUCAAGGCUCCGUUUCUCCUCAAUGCUCCAACACUUAGACCACGUCAAUUUCCAACUCAUACAUAUAUAUACAUACAUAUAUACAUAUACACGCAUACAGCUGGGUGUACACACAAAAAUAUACGGAAAUCUAUGAUUAGAUACUUGUAAACGAUCAUACGUUAUUUUCCACGUGUAGAUUGCUCGCCCUAUAGUAUUGUUGAAGAAAUAUAUACAUACAACGGUCCAUAGAUUCGUUGUUCUUGUAAGGCUUGUGUUGUUUGCACUUUGUCAUUAAUAAAGGCAUUCAUGUUUAUUUAAUUU